AUAAAGAAGAAAAAUGGAAUGUAAUGGUGUUCAUCCUUUGAUGUAAAACAAAGCAACUCUGCCGGAUAUUUCCAUAGUGAGUCUACGCCUUCCCAAGAGACUGUACUAUCCAUUUCCCUUUAUCCAAAAAUGGACAGCAACGGAUUUUAAACGUAUACCGAAUCCAAAAAUCCAAAAUUUCAAGGGUUUUUUCCUUUUUUUUUUUUAUUUAGAACCGCCACCACGAAAUGGGGGAAUUUGGAUCCCCUUCAACUAACACUCACAUUCAUCACCCCAACAACCAUCGUCUUCAUCAGUUCCCCUUCACAGUCGGCUCUGAAAUCGAGGUCUCCAUCGAUGAAGAAGGCUUCAAAGGCGCCUUAUUCAAAGCUACCAUUUUGAAGCUACCCACUAUAUUUUCUCCUUCUAAGAAGAAAAAAGCUUUAGUUGAGUACAAAACCCUUGUCACUGAAGACGGAUCUACCCCUUUGAAGGAGCAUGUUGAUGCUCUUAGUUUGAGGCCUUUGCCUCCUGAUACUGCUGCUAAGGAUUUCGAGGAAUGCGACAUUGUUGAUGCGACUGAUAAAGAUGGAUGGUGGACUGGUGUGGUUUGUAAGGUUUUGGAAGAUGGGGGGUACUCUGUUUUCUUUAAGAACCCAAUGCAUGUCAUGGAUUUUCAGGGGAACCACUUGAGGCUGCAUCAGGAUUGGGUUGAUGGCAAGUGGAUUGUUCCCCAAAAGAUGGAUGCGUCACUCUUGAGAGGCCAAUUGAGUAUCAUUUCUGAGGAUGCUAAUGUACCUGAGAAUGUCGAGCACAGAAGCUUAAAAAAUAAUGAAACAAACAAUGAAAAAGAAAACUCUUAUACCGUAAACUCAAGGAAUGAUUUGAUGGAAAGGCCAAGUAUUUAUGAUGAUAGUUCUGCCUCAUUUGCCUUGACCUCAAGCAAGAGAAGAAGAAGUUUCAGUUCUAAGUCGAGAGUUUCAAAUCCUUUGAAGAAGUUGAGAGAAGGAGUUAUUCUUGGGAAACCAGCAGCAGAUAGGUCAAGGAUGAUAGACAAAACAUCAAGAGGAAAAGCAUUCAGUAAAAGUGCCACACCAAACAAAGAUCGCAGAAGAAGAAGAAGCUACCUAAAGUUUAAUGGUGAUGAUGACAGUGCUUCACCUAUUAGAUCUGGGAGUCCCAAAGGAGGCAAGAAACCGAGAACUAAGGAAGAUGUUGAUGGCAGUGACAAGUUGAAAGUGCAAGUAUUAAGUUUCAUAAAUGGCAAAAAAGGAAACACAUACAAACAAAGCCAACAGACUCAAGUUACAGAUAAGGAGAGGAAAGAAGGUUACGAUGUCAUAGACUUAGAGACCAUCUAUAAGGAAGUGACUACAAACAAUGAAUCCGAAAGAAAUGAACAUUUAGCUUCAGAUGAACAACAGGCACCAGUUAAAAAUUCUCUUGGUGAGGUUGGAGAUGGGGAGGAAAAUUCAAAAAAUCAGACAAAAGAGAAGGGCAUGGAACCUCAGCAGCAAGAAGCUACUGAAAACAGUGAUAGACGAAAGCGGGGAAGGCCUCGUAAAAUCAUGCAGGAAAUUGAGCAGCAACAAGCUAGUAAAAACAGUUACAAAAGAAAGAGAGGACGGCCUCGAAAACUAAUGCUAGUUCCAACAACUGCGGAAGAUUCAAAUAAAGAUGGAAGCGUAUGGAAACCUGAGAAAGCAACUUUAAAAAGUAGUGUAACUGCCAAAAGAACCAAAAGAAAAAAAGGCUUUAGGAUAAUGCCAAUUUGUUUUGUGGAUUUUCAAGAUCUGAACAGAAGGAACGGGAGCGAAAUCUCAGAAUACAAGACAAAUGGCUCUGGAACUAACAGUGUCGACGACGAUGAUCGACCACUGUUAAUGUGGCUUGGAGGAAUACAAGGUUCAGCAAGCAACAAUGCGUUGAAAUUAGGACAAGCAUCUGGUUCUAGCGCCAAGCGAAGAACGAAAGGGAGUGAACAAGUAGAUGCUGUGAAUGGGGUGAGAAGAGUUGAUGGAACGCCUGAACACGAAGUGGACAAGAAUCAAGAUUGGCCUUUUGUGAAGAAUUCACCCGUUUGGAGUGCAAUUGAUUCAUUAGAAGUCUUCAAGCAUAUUCCACAAAAGCCUCAUUUCCAACCUUUAAGUACACACAAGGAGGAAUGUCGUGAAGGAUUGGCUAUUGGCUGUAUGGUAACUUUUGCAAGUUUGGUUGAGAAGAUAACCAAACUUCAGUUCAGCAAUCCGAGACACAUUUUCGAAAGCACAUUGGCCAGUCUAUACGAAUUGGAGCAACAUGGAUUCAAUAUUUCAAUGCUUUGCAAUAGAGUAAAUGAGCUACUAUUCAUCAAAGAUUCUGAAAUGAGAUAUGGUGAGGAAACAAAAGUAACUGAGAACAAAAUAAUGGAGUAUAUUGAAAACAAAACUAAACUAGCUGAAGAGAGCAACGCUAUUGAAGAGAAGAUAACAGAGCUGCAGAAGAGACAAGCAUCGAUCAAAAAGGAAAUGGAGACUACAGACAACGAGAUUGAUGCUCUGCAAUCACACGUGGUGACCAUCAGAGAAUGUACCAUGAAUACUAAGCUACAUUUUGAGAACCAAAUUGCCCUCCCCUUGUGGCCAGUUUGAACCAUCAGUUCUUUAUGUGAAUAUACGACACUAAAACUCAGUUAGCCUCACUCUAAUGAUCCUCGAUCAUUUUGUGAAUGGUAGCUCUAGACUAGAAGUUAGUGCUAACAACUCACACCUUUUUGUAUGACAUUGAUGCUUAAAAUGCAACAUCUUGACAAGGUUUAUUUUC